UGGUGUGGAAUAUGUCCCAAUUCAAUAAUUAUAUGUGGACAAUACUUUAAUAUUGAAUGAAGCAUUAGCCAUGGUGUGGAAUAUAAUAUGUCCCAAUUCAAUAUUGAGAGACUCGAUCUCAAGUGUUUACCGGCCUCCUUUCAAAAGUCAUUCACCAUCAAACCCCCAAACACGUUCACAAUUAGAACGGACCAAACCCUCAGCCAAACAAAAAAUUAAAAUUCUUGGCAACACGGAAAUGUCGAACAACCACCUAAAUCAAAAUGAAUUAAACAAUCAAACAAACGCCCACACACGAAGUGCACAAACCCGUGGCAAAACAACUCGCCGAACAGAAACUCUACCUUCGAUCACCAAACAAGGCAACAAGAGAACAAAAAAUGAAAGCACCGAAAUAGAGAAAAUUGGAGCAAACCAUGCACCCGACUCCAACGAAGCCAAGACUGGAGCUGGCAUGCUUCUCCACGGCUUAGUCGCUCAGUCAAUCCGAUUAAGCUGCUAAGCCAUGAGAAGCGCCUCCCCCUGUCAACGUCGGCCGCUCCAUCUAGGGUUUUUCUUCCUUCGACUCUUAUUUAAGGUCUCCCAUUUUUUGAGCAAUUACUUAGAAUGGAAAUGAAACAUAGCAGACACGUUGGAUGAGGGAGCUAACUUCAAGGCCUUACUUGGGGAUAUGGUGGACUCAGACCUAUCCUGGAGACCUGGAUUGGCCAAUGCUAUGUACAUGACCGUCUUUUAGGAGGUGCAAUAUGUGCUUGGCACCGGGGCCUACUCUUGUAGAGGGCCUCCAAAAAUUUAGACACUACUAUUAGUUAUAGGUUGAUUUUUCUAGAUGACAUGUAUUAUUUAAGAUUCCAAAAGGCAUAUAAUCUUUAAAUUCUCUAAUUUAUGGACUUUAAACAUCAUAAAACUUAUGUGUGUCAUCCUUGAGCAGGGGUCAUGCUAAUCUUCUCUGUAUCGUUCCAAUUUUAUCAGAUGCCCCGAAG